UUUGCCAUACUGCUGACGAAUCUGCCAAAUCAUUGUGUUGCAAUGUCGUAAUUAAUCGAAGCAUUGCCUAGAUAAUCGAUACUUCGUUAACGUGGUCGGAGUGUGUAACAUUCCCAUAUUGAUCCUUAAAAAAUCUGCAGCGAAAGGUUUUGUUUAGGAUGCAUUCAAAGUUGGACAUCACUGACGAGUUUUACUCAAAGAAGAGGCCGUACAGUCCAAGCAGUAAGCUCUUGGUGGGCGCGGGACCAUGCAAUUGUUCACCACGGGUAAUGUACACUUACUCCCACGAGCCCGUAAUAAUACCUGGCGAUGAAGUUUAUAACAUAAUGGAGGAAUUUAGGGAGAUGCUCAAAUUCGCGCUUCAAACAAGAAACCAGGCGACACUGGCAAUACAAAAUUCCGGAACAGGUGGAUUAGAGGCUGCUUUAACUAACAUGGUGGACCCGGGAGAGAAAAUUGUUGUAGGAGUCAUGGGAUUUUGGGGACAACGAAUUGUAGAAAUAGCGAGAACGCGGAACAUAGACGUAGUAGUGGUGUCUCCACAAUACGGCCAGGUGUUCACUUUGGAGGAAUUAGAACAAGCAGUCAUCAAACACAAGCCAGUUUUGCUCUUCGUCACGCACGGUGAAUCAUCAACUGGAGCCGUACAACCGUUGGAGGGACUAGGGGAUAUAUGCCACAAGUACAACUGCAUGUUGGCAGUGGACGCAGUAAUUACUUUUGGAGCUAUUCCAUUGUACGUGGAUCGUUGGGGGAUCGAUGUACUCGUCACUUCCACGCAAAAGGCCGCCAGAUCUUUCCCCGGUCUUGCUUAUUUGAGCUUCAGUCCAGAAGCAGUUGAAAGGAUAAAAACCCGGAAAACUGUUCCUCCAUUCUAUUUCAACGUGUUGGAACUUAGUAAGAUGUGGAACUGCUUCGAUGAGCGCAUAAUGUACUAUUAUACAUACAACUCCAAUUUGUUAGCAGCUGCAAAGGAAGGCAUAGCCGAAAUUAUCGAGGAGGGUUUGCUCGAAACGUGGCAAAAGCACGAAAAACUCAAUAAAAGGCUAUGGGAUGGAUUGGUCAAGUUGGGGUUAAAGAUUUACGUAAAAAAUCUCGAACAUCGACUACAUGCGGUCACAGCCGUUGAGCUUCCACCCACGGUUUCAUUUGCAGCGUUCAAUGAGUACUUGGUUGAACGGUACCAAAUCUAUAUAAGCGUUGGCAUUGGACCGACGGCGGUAACGCAUUUUCGAAUUGGCAUGAUGGGUUAUAAUGCAAGAGCAGACAUGGUUGAUUAUGUCUUGGACAAAAUAGGGGAAGCACUCAAGUACUGCCAGCAGGAGAAACUGAGGGCGAUAAAGCUAGGCUAAGUGUCUUUUUGAACCAUUAAUUAUUUUGAAUGGUCUCCAUUAAAGUGAGUUCAAAUUGC